GGGCAGCCUCGGAGGGCGGGGAGCUGUGAAGAGAGGGAGGCAGCGAAGGGAGGGGCAGCCUGAAGAAUGGGGCAGCCCUGAUGUUGCUGGGCUGAGGUAGGAACGAGAUGUCGUAGGGUGGGAUGUUUCUGUAGCAGUAGGAGUUCCAGCGUGUCGCCGCCCCUGAAAAGGGGGGACUGAUGGGGUGAGAAGUGCCUGUGGGCUCAAGGCUUGAGGGAGCUGUACCCCAGGAGAUGCGCUGAGUGAGUGGUAGAGGCCUCAGGAAGGUCUCUUGGGAGCCCGAGAAGUAGGUUUGGGUGCUGAGAAGGAGGGAGGAUGAAGGAAACCUGCCGAAUCUGUGCCCGAGAGCUGUGCGGCAACCAGCGGCGAUGGAUCUUCCACACAGCGGCCAAGCUGAACCUCCAGGUGCUGCUCUCCCACGUCCUGGGCAGGGAGCUGUGCCGGGAUGGCAAAUCCGAGUUUGCUUGCAGCAAGUGUGCCUUCAUGCUGGACCGCAUCUACAGGUUCGACACCGUCAUCGCGCGCAUCGAAGCUCUCUCCAUCGAACGCCUGCAGAAACUGCUGCUGGAGAAAGACCGCCUAAAGUUUUGCAUCGCAAGCAUGUACCGCAGGAACAACGAAGACUCUAGCACAGACGACAGAGCUGGGGAUGGGACUGUGGACCUUUCUAACCUGCCUGAUGCGCGCUAUGCUGCCCUCCUUCAGGAGGACUUUGCUUAUUCGGGGUAUGAAUACUGGACGGAUCAAGAGGAGCACAGCUUGGAGCCCCACAGCUGCCAUGCUUCAGAGGGAGCGAGCAACCGCCCGCGGCGCUGCCGAGGCUGUGCCGCGCUGCGGGUGGCCGAUGCUGACUACGAAGCAAUUUGCAAAGUGCCACGAAAGGUGGCCAGAAGCAUCUCCUGCGGGCUGUCCAGCCGGUGGUCAGCCAGCAUGGGCAAUGAGGAGUCAUCCGUGUGUGACAUGGUGGAGUCUGCCAGCGCCAGAGUGCCUGUGGACGGGGAGAGCAUGGAGGAAGGCACACCUGCAUCCUCUGUCGAGUCCCUGGACACGACCGUGGAGGCAAGCCCUCCACAGCAGAAGGAUGAAGAUGCAGAUAAGGGGGUGAAAGGGAAUGGGAAGUGUGAGGACUUCUCAGAUGAUCGUAUGACCCCAAACUCUUCACAGAGUGGGAACAGGCUGGAGCUUGCCCUCAGUUUGAUCAAGGCUUUGGACUACAAACCCCUUCAGAGUCCUCGAGGCAGCAGGCUACCUAUUCCUGUGAAGUCCAGCUUGUCCUCUGCCAAGCUCAGCCGUGAUUUGGCAGAUGGCAGUGCUUCUGCUGGCUUAGCAUGUGCUGGAUCUGCCUUCCUGAAUGCAGACAGAAAAUCCUUUUCCAGAGCUCCUUUGGGUGUUUCCCUGGAGAUUUCUGAACUGCAGGAGCUGUGGGAUGACCUCUGUGAGGAUUAUAUGCCGCUGCGGGUACAGAAUUUGCAGGAUGAACAUCAGCAGCUGGCUCCAGGCGCCCCUGCAGCAGGGGAGCACAUGUCCCAUCUGCGUGCUGCAGAGCUGCAGGGCAAGAUCCAGCAGGUUGAAGCUGCCAACAAGUUGUUACAGGAAAAGCUGAAUGGAUUGAAUUUUCAAUUAAAAUCUGUCCAAGAAACAUCGCAGAGGCAAGAUCGUACAAUCCAGAGUCUGAAUGAGGCCCUGAAGAGCAAAGAGAGCAAGACAGAAGAGCUUUACCAUAUCAUUGAAGGGCAGAAUGAGACAAUGGCCAAGCUGCAGGACAUGUUACACAGAAGUCAUCUGGGACAGUUGCAGAUGUCGGAGAGCCCACUCUCGCUGCAGGAGCAGCAAAUGUCACUGCUAGAUCUUCAGAACACGCUUUUCUGCACCAAGUUGGAGGUGCAGAAACUGAAAAGAGCUCAUCGCCAGAAAGAGCAUCAACUGGCUGAAGCCAAGAGAGCAACCCAGCUCCUAGAGACCAUGGUGCGUGAGGAAGAGCAGCAGAAAGAGGCAGCCUGGAAACACAACCAGGAGCUGCGUGCUGUGGUACAGCAGCUGCAGGCAGAGCUUCAGAACAAGGCUCAGCAGCUCCAGACUGUGGAGUGGGAGAAGUGCCAUGAGCUGCAGGCCCAGGAGCAGAGAGUUCAGCAUCUGAGUCAGCACGUGGCUCGCAAGGAACAGCUUCUGCAGGAAUCGAGGGAGCUUCUGCAAUGCCAGCAAAGCUUGGACAAGAGCCCUGCAGUCAUGAAUGCCAUGCUGGAGAAACUGCAGCAGCGAGUCAGUGACAGAGAUGCUGCUCUGGAGCGAGCAGUAGAUGAGAAAUUCUGUGCCCUGGAGAAGAAAGAGCAAGAGCUGCAACAGCUCCAUCUCUCGAUAAGGGAGCGUGGAACUGACCUGGAGAGGCUGCGCAAUGUCCUGUCUAGCAACGAGGCCACCAUUCAUAGCCUAGAGAGCCUCCUGAAAGCCAAAACCCUGGAACUGGAGCAGGUCUCAGCAACCUGCCAAAACCUCCACUGGCUCAAGGAAGAGAUAGAGGCCAAAUCCUGCAGCAGGCAGAAGGAGCAGGAGGGGAUCAUCCAACAGCUGCAGACCUGCCUGCAUGACAGGAACAAGGAAGUGGAGGAGCUUACAGCAACUCUGCUGUGCAAGCUGGGCCCAGGACAGAGUGAGGUAGCAGAGGAGCUGUGCUUGCGUCUUCAGCACAAGGAGAAAAUGCUGCAGGAUCUUCUCAGCGACAGGAACCGUCAGACCAUGGAGCAUGAUGCUGAAAUCCGGGAGCUGCUGCAGGCUGUGAGCAGCAAGGAGCAGCAGAGCAGAGUGGCUGCUGAGAAGAUGGUGCAUGCUUUGGCUGAAAGGAGCUCUGAGUUACAACUUCUGCGCCAGCAUGUGUUGCGAAAGGAGCCUGUUGGGACCCAGUCAGCUGGUGCCAGGCGGUUGAAGCAGGACAAACAGCCCAUACAAGAAAUACUGCAAGGAGCUUGUGGAGCUACAGCCAUUGCUGGACCCCCACAGGAGGACAGCAGCUGCAGGACAGAGGGAGUUACAAUGUCAGCAGCAGAACUGGAGAAGGAUCUUGUUAAUGCCAAAGAGGAGCUGGAGCUAAUGGCAAAGAAGGAAAGAGAAAGCAGGCGGGAGCUCACUGCUCUCCAGUCUGUUGUGGCCACGCAGGAGGAAGAGCUGCAGGUGCAGGCCUCAGAUAUAGAGUCCUUGACCAGGACCAUUCAGAUCAAAGAGGACCUCAUCAAGGAUCUUCAGAUGCAGCUGGUGGAUCCUGAAGAAAUUCCAGCCAUGGAAAGGCUGACACAAGAAGUGCUAGUGCUUCGGGAGAAAGUGGCCAUAGCAGAGUCACGAGGACAGGAGGCUACUGGAAACAGAAGGCAGCAGUUGUUACUGAUGCUGGAAGGACUGGUGGCUGAGAGGAAUCGGUUAAAUGAGGCUCUCCAGGCAGAGAGGCAGCUCUAUGGCAGCCUGGUAAAGUUUCACACACACCCAGACAGCGCUGUGAGAGACCAGACUCUGCAGGUGGAGCUGGAGGGGGUCCAUGAGCUCCGGGGACAGCUGGAAGAAGCUCUUGGAAGAAGCUUGGAGUGUUUGAGCAGGCUGGAGACACAGGGCACCAUAGGAGGUCAGGCCACAGGCACAGACACUGACGAUGCCAGCGCCAACUUUACCUGCAGCAUCAAGGAGGAGGCAGCCCAUGGCAUGGCAACCCAGCACAGCAGCCCCCAGACCCAUAAGGAAAGCGGGGGCACUGAAAGAACCCUGAUGGGGACCACAGCACCCCUUGUGCCAGAGCGGGAGCUGCGGGCGGAAGAGGAGCUGCGGGAGCUGAAGGCGCAACUGGAGGAAGCCGGCUUCUCUUCUGUCUCCCACAUCAGGAAGGCGAUGCUGAGCCUUUACCUCGAGAACGCAGAGCUGAAGGAGCGGAUGGGUGAAGCCACGUCGCUGCUGGAGAGUGGGGAGCAGGAGGAGGCUGGGCUGGGCGGACCCCUGGCCCCUGAGGCCUGCAGGCUGCAGCGGAAGAGCCGCAGCGCCCUUGGGGACUGCCCAGCUGGUGGCAGCGGGGAUGGACAGGGGGUCCUGGCUGAGAGGGGAGCUGUGCCCACCAAACGUCCAGCACUUGAGGCACGAUCCCAAGAUGACAUGCCCAAGAGACCCUGCCCUGGCACACCGGGCAGAGGGGAUAGGAGUUUUGUGAGUGCCCUGGGCACAGGGAACAGGGACAGGGAUGAAGAUAGAGGUGGCGAUGGAGAGAGAGCUCACAGCCUGUUUCCCGUCUGGAAGGUGGAAGGCAUGGCCCCCGGUGGGAGCUGGCCAGGGCUAGGUGCAGACCUGCGUUCCCAGGUGGCACAGGGACAAAGGCAGUGUCAAGAGCUGCAGGACAAGCUCGCCGCCUCGGAGGCCACUGUGCGGGCACAAGCCGAGCAGCUGGAGAAGUACCACGUCCUGCUCCGUGAACCCCACGCCCAGCAGCUCAGCAAGCAAGUGCAGGUGGACUUCCAAGACCUGGGCUACGAGACAUGCGGGCGAAGUGAGACCGAGGCUGACCGGGAUGAGACCACCAGCCCUGAGUGUGAGGAGCCAGAUGUAUUCAGCGAGCCCAGCCUCGGUGAGGAGCUGGGGUCCUCCUGCCAGCCAGGGAUGCCCAGAGUGAGCAAGGCUGCCCAGAAAGCCGUGGUCUUGGCAGAUGUGGGGGCCUUGCACCAGCACAUCCAGGACCUCAAGGCACAGCUGCUCAAUGCCAACAAGGUGAUCCAGAGCCUGCAGCGCCGCACGCGCUCCAUCUCCGUCACCAGUGGCUACACCUCAGGCGCCGAGCGGCCCCCGCCGGGUCCCACAGCCCUGGCCUCCCCGGCGCACAGCCUCACGGACGAGGACGAGGGCUGGCAGUCGGACGGCCACAGCGCCCUCUGCCCGCCCGCCCUGCGGGCACACCGCGACCUGCAGCACCUGGUGCACCGCGUCGCUCUUCUCGAGGCGCAGCUCCCCGCAGCCAAGGCUGGAGGCGUUUUGCCCAAGGAGCUGCAAUCUGCCACUUGGCCGGGGAAGUACAACUCGCUGAUCCAAGCUCAGGCUCGGGAGCUCUCCCACCUGCGGCAGACGCUGCGGGAGGGCCGCGGGGUGAGCCGCAGCCUGGCCCAGCACCUGCGCGAUGCCCUGCGGUCCUUUGAGGACCUCCUCCGUGGCACCGACAUUGACUACUACCAGGGCCAGGGCUUUCGGGAGCAGCUGGCCCAGGGCAGGCAGCUGGCUGAGAGGCUCAGCGACAAGCUGGGCACCAGAGAUCGACAAGAUGGGGAUGAUAAAACCGGUCACGAACUCCUGGCACUGAGGCUCAGCCGGGAGCUCCAGGAGAAGGUGGUUGAGAGCCUGGAGGUGAAGCUGCAGGAGCGCUGCGAGUCCCCAGGCAGCAGCCGCCCACCCUCCGAGUCAUCCCACUCUGCCACUAGCUCCUCCUUUGUGUCCGAGGGGCUGGAACCCUGCUCCGAUGGUGACACGGCCAGCGAGUGCAGCCAGUGCCACGAGGGGCCCGCCCGACACACAGGCCUUCACUUUGGCUCCUUGUCCAAACCUGUUAGUGCCUCCCUGCCUGCACUGGCCCCUGGACUGCCCCCAUUCCUGCCUGCUGGGCCCCCCCUCCCUACAGUCCCCCCGCUCCUGGGCUGCUGCGGGAACCCCGUCUGCUCCCUGGCUGAGGCGCAGCAGGAACUGCAGGUGCUCCAGAGGCAGCUGGGAGAAAGUGUGACGCUGCCCAUGGCACCAGCAAAGCCCACAGCCCCACUGGGCCCCUUUGGAGGGGGCAGCAAAGCCCCGGCAUCACUCUGCCAACACGGUGCACUGCAGAGCCUGGCUGAGAUCCCCAGGGCCACUGAGACCUGUGCCCUCUGGGAUGUACCCCCUCCUGGCCAGCUACUUUAUGGGGCCCUGCCAUCAGGGUAUCCCUCCAGCCAGAAGCUAACAGGGUCAGACCUGCUGGAGGAACACUUGGUGGAGAUCCGCAGCCUGCGCCAGCGGCUCGAGGAGUCCAUCUGCACCAACGACCGGCUCCGGGAGCAGCUUGAGCGCCGCCUGGCCUCCACCGGCAAGGCCAGUGGUGCAGCAGGAUUGCCCAGCGAUGUCUAUGCCCAGUCACCGGAGCUGGGGCUGCAGCUGAGUGGGGAGAACAAGGCUCUGCGCGAGGACAACCGGACCCUGCGGCUCCAGCGUGACCACCUCUCCCAAGAGCUGGCGCGAGUGCAGGAGGCACUCGUGGCUGCCUGCUCCCGGGCACGGGAGGGUGAAGCAGAGCUGGAACAGAGGUGCGGGAAGCAGCGGAGGCUGGCUGAGGAGCUUGCCGAGCGGCAAGAGAACGUCCGGCAGCUCCGGGAGGAGCGGCGCUCUCUGCAGGAGGAUAACAACAGGCUGCAGCACACAGUGACGCUCCUGCAGCAGCAGUGUGAGGAGCACCGCCUGCUCCUGCAGACCUUGCGCGCGGAGCUGCACGUCUACGAGAGCCUCUCUGGCCCCUCUGCUGAGACUCGCGCAGGCUGCUUCCCAUCUCCUCCAGUGCGGGAUGUUGGCACAAGUUCAGCAGCUCCCUUCUUCUCCCCGCUGUCCUCUGACAUGUCUGUCGCCUGGCAGAUGGACGGGCCACGUGGGGCAGACCCACUGGUGAGGAAGAGUGAGGGGCCGACAGGGGCUCAUGUUGUCGGCUGCCUGGACACCUACCGGGCCCUGGAGCAGCACAUCCUGGAGGGAAAGGCACUGGCCCGUGAGCUAAUGUGUCUCACACGCCCAGCGCUCGGGCUGCCCAACUGCCUGCUCCCAGGAAAGGAGGUAAAGUGUGGGCAGGACAGGGCUGGAAGCAGCUGGGGGUCAGAAACUCUGAGCACCAUGUGUAAAGUGGCCCCUGAACCCAGUAUCAGCCCUGAGGCUUGCAGGGCUGGCAAGGAGCUGGCAGCCUGGGGUCUGCAGCUGGCACUGCCCUGCAGUGUUGGGCAGGGUGAGUCCUUGGGUGCAGUGGGAUGCAGGUGCCCUGGCAGCACCUGCUCCCGCACCCCUCUCCCGCAGGCCCUGGGGUGGACAGGCACAGGGCACCUCUGGGGCAGCGCCAGCACCCUGCAUGGCAUCCUGGAGCAGUGCGUGUCUCUCCUCACUGCCUUCUGGAGCACCGUGCUGCCCGUCAGCCCAGCCCAACACCAGGGCAAGGAGCAGGCGCUACAGGGUGAGAUCGCAGCGCUGCGGGCACAGCUUUCCGAGAGGGAGGAUGCUCUGCAGAGCACAGCCGAGCGGCUGCGCAGCACAGCGCAGCUCAAGGACAGCAUGGAGCAGUUCAUCGUGAGCCAGUUGAGCAGGACCCACAACGUGCUGCGCAAGGCCAGGACGAACCUGGAGGUGAAGGCCCAGCAGGCCCUGCCCGUCACAUGAGCAGGGCUGAGAGCAAUGCCCCUGGUCACGGAACAGCCUGCUGGCUGCUGAGCCAUGCCACGCCAGAGGGCUGCAGAGGACCCUGUCCCUGCUACUCCAAGGAGUGGGGUGGACGGGGGUCUGGGCUAUCCAGUGGUACAUAGCUAGUGGGUUUGGGCUGCUGUGGUGGUCGCAUGCCCUCCACCUGACUUUGCUUGGUAUUGCAGCAGCAGCUGCUGGCUUGGGCUUUGCCUGCCCCAUGCUUCAGUGCUUGCCCCUUUCCACCCACAGCGCUUAGAGUGGCAUGUACAGCACCUCUUGCCCUGGGACUCAGUCCCAUUUGUAGCCGUACUGCACACCUGUCCCUGCUGUUGGAUGUAUGUAUAUGUAUAUAGACAGAGGUAUCAGAGCUGCAUUUUGUGGGCUCCCCGGGCAUGUCGGGGCCCCAGUGUGGGAGGAUGUAAGAAAUGCCACGUUCUGUUCAGUGGCUGGAGAGUCCCCAAUAAAGGUUUCCUGCAGGUUGUGGCGUUUCUGGCAAA